AUGUCGCUGUCAUCGAACACCAACUCACUGCCCUGCUCGACGGACAAGGGCGGCUACAGCACGCACGACACGCUUGUGCUCCUCGGCAUCGGCUUCUGCGCCACCGCCGUCUCCAUCCUCAUCAUCGUCAUCUGCGAGUGCCUGUGCUGCCGCCGCCGCCGCCGCGGCGCGGGGGGAACCGUCGUGUACGUGGCGGCGGCCCGGCCGUUCUUCCUGCACGGCACCACCGACGGCGACGGUGGGCUGAGCCCCUCCGCGGUGUCCACGCUGCCGUCGUUCGUGUUCCGUAGGGACCUGUCGGUUGGCGGCGGCUCCGGCCGCCGUGGCGAGGGCAGCGGCAACGGCAGCGGCAGCGGCAGCGGCAGCGGGCGCGGGUGGGCGCAGUGUGCGGUGUGCCUGAGCCUUGUGCAGGAAGGUGAGGUGGUCAGGCGGCUGCCGGCGUGCAUGCACCUGUUCCAUGUCUGCUGCAUCGACAUGUGGCUGCACUCUCACUCCACGUGUCCUCUCUGUAGGGCCACGGUUUUGCCUAUUAAGGAGGUCCCUACAAAAGACGAUCAGCCUCCGGUGUAA